AUGAGUUUGCAUAGUACUGCGAACUUAGCUGUGGAUAUUUUAUCGCCAAAACCCUUGUGCGUUUUCCGUUCUUCUAAAACCCUACUGGCUCGAAAUGAAAGACAGCCUAAAUUCUGGCUUCCUAGACAAUUUUGUGCUACUAGAUUGCUGUCUGAAUCACGCAGAUAUGCAAGACCCCGCAUUUGUGCUCGAAGGCUUAGAAUUAAUUGUUGUCAAGAUGCACAGCAUUCGAAUUCCCAACCUGUGGACGGAGAAACUAAUUCUGCUGAGCUGCUAUUCGAGAAUUUGAAAGAAGCUGAGAGAGAACGUAUUAACAAAUUAGAAGAAUUUGAAAGAAGAGCAAACGUUCAGUUGGAGAGGCAGCUCAUGAUGGCCUCUGAGUGGAGCAGGGCACUUUUGACCAUGAGGGGAAAACUGAAAGGAACUGAGUGGGAUCCUGAGGUUUCUCAUUCCAUAGACUACAGUGACUUCAAGAGACUUCUUGAUUCGAACAAUGUCCAAUUUAUGGAGUACUCUAACUAUGGGCAGUCUGUAUCAGUGAUUCUACCUUAUUAUAAAGAUGGGAAAAUGGAAAGUUCAGAAGUUAAUGAAAACAAGGAAAUUGUUUUCCGUCGACAUGUGGUUGAUCGUAUGCCAAUUGACUGCUGGAAUGAUGUUUGGCGGAAGUUGCAUCAACAGCUUGUGAAUGUUGAUGUUCAUAAUGUGAAUUCAGCCCAUGCCGAGGUGUAUUCAUCUGUUGCCACUGCAGUUGUGUGGUCCAUGAGGCUUGCACUUUCUAUUGCUCUAUAUGUUUGGAUUGAUAAUACGAUGAGACCAAUAUAUGCUAAACUGAUACCUUGUGAUCUUGGUGAUCCUCCUAAAAGGACUACACCACCAUUGCUGUCACGAAAAGGCCAAGCCCUUGGGUCGUUAGGAAAAAGUCGGGCAAAAUUCAUAUCAGCUGAGAAAAAAACAGGUGUAACUUUUGAUGACUUUGCUGGCCAAGAAUAUAUCAAGAGGGAGCUAAUAGAGAUAGUUCAAAUACUAACAAAUGCCGAGGAGUUCAAAAACAAAGGCAUCUAUUGCCCAAAAGGAGUUCUUCUUCAUGGCCCUCCUGGAACUGGUAAAACACUUCUUGCCAAAGCUAUAGCUGGUGAGGCAGGGCUUCCUUUUUUUGCGGCUAGUGGUACAGAUUUUGUUGAGAUGUUUGCUGGUGUGGCUGCUUCUCGUGUAAGGGAUCUUUUUUCUAAUGCCAGGUCAUAUGCCCCGUCUAUAAUUUUCAUUGACGAGAUAGAUGCAAUUGGCGGUAAACGUGGUGGCCCUGAUAUUGGUGGGGGUGGCGUUGAGAGGGAACAAGGACUACUUCAAAUGCUAACAGAAAUGGAUGGUUUUAAAGUUUCAACUGCACAGGUAUUGGUUAUUGGUGCUACAAAUAGGCUGGAUAUCCUUGAUCCAGCGCUUCUGAGAAAAGGUCGCUUUGACAAGAUUAUUCGUGUUGGGUUACCUUCAAGAGAUGGUCGAUAUGCUAUAUUAAAGGUUCAUGCUCGAAAUAAAUAUUUUUGUUCAGAGGAAGAGAAGGAGACUCUACUUCAAGAACUGGCAGAUCUUACUGAAAAUUUUACUGGAGCAGAAUUGCAAAAUAUACUGAAUGAAGCUGGAAUUUUAACUGCUAGAAAGGACUUAGACUACAUAGGACGUGGAGAACUUCUAGAGGCCUUGACGCGGCAAAAAGGAACAUUUGAAACAGGUCAAGAAGAUAGUAUCGAGGUCCCUGAAGAGUUAAAACUGAGAUUGGCAUAUCGAGAGGCGGCUGUUGCUGUUCUUGCUUGCUAUAUACCAGAUAACUACCGCCCCUUCUCUGGUACGGAGGUUAAGUCUAUAAGUAGCGACCCAAAUAUGCGCUACAAAAGGACGUCAGGCAGGGUAUUUCAGCGAAAGGCUGAUUAUGUGGACUCUAUCAUACGUGCAUGUGCUCCUAGAGUGAUUGAAGAAGAGAUAUUUGGAGUUGAUAAUCUAUGUUGGAUUUCUCCAAAAUCACUGCUGGAAGCUUCAAGACGUAUCGAGUUUUUGAUCCUGAAAACUGGAACGACUGCCUUUGGGAAAGCUUACUACAGAUCUGGAAAGGAUCUUGUGCCUAAUUUGGCUGCCAAACUUGAAGCACUUAGAGAAGAAUACAUUCGUUUUGCUGUGGAGAAAUGCUCAUCUGUAAUAAGAGAAUGCCGUCCUGCUUUCACACUCUUCUUAACAGAUGUCCUACUUGAGAAAGGAGAGAUUAAAGCAGAUGAAAUUUGGAAAAUUUACAACAGCUCACCUCGAAUACCUCAGCCUGCCAUGAAACAGUUGGAUGAAUAUGGUGCCUUAGUAUAUGCCGGGCGUUGGGGGAUUCAUGGUGUAUCACUUCCGGGGAGGGUGACAUUUGCACCUGGAAAUGUGGGGUAUUCAUCAUUUGGUGCUCCACGGCCUAUGGAGACUCAAGCCAUAACUGAUGACAUGUGGAAAUUAGUAGAUGGAGUGCAGGAUAAUAGGCCUCGGGAGAUUCGGGAGGAGGUCUCUAGGGAAAUGGAAGAACCACAACCACAACCACAGCUUCUAAUGGCUGGUCAUUUCCUAUGA